AUGUCGCAAGACAUCGAGCUCCAGCUGUCGCAAGGCUCUCUUGCCCCUCCUGUGGAAAUAUCGCGCCCUGUGACUCCAGUUCAACGAGCAACCCUCUCUGCCUCACCCGAUUUGAGUGUUGGAGCCAGAAGUCGUCGUUCGCUGCGCUCCGACCACAGCGGGUUCAAUUCGCCUCCGUCAUUGCCCUCGUCAGAUAUGACUCCUCCUCCUUCAACGCAGAUCCCUGGAGCUCCGCUCCGAAGGUCAAGGUCUCGUUCGAGCUCAUACCUCGCACCUUCGCCGGAUAUCGAAGAAACCCUGUGCGCAGCCUAUGGCGCGUCUGAAAAUCUCCCCACUCCCGACGACAUUGAUAGUGCUAGUGAGUCCAAGCUGCGCACCAUUGCGAAGGAGCUCCUUGGAAUAGCCCGGGAAUCUCGCGUGUCCGCCCUCCACUUCAAGUUGCAAUAUGGCCUUUUGGAGUUUCGAAGUAAUGUGGCUAUUCAACGCGCCGAGGUCGAGCAUAAGCUUGCCAGGAGAGAGGCGGAGAUCCUUCAAAGUACCGAGUACCGCAACCGUCAUAUCAUCCCGGAGACAGAACCCACGCCACAGGUUUCCAAUGUCGAACUUGAACUGGCCGUCAAACGUAAUCAGGAGCUUGAGAAGGUCAAUGCUACCCUUGACAGAAGGCUCCGACGAGCGAAAAAACUUAUCGAACAGGAGAAGGACAAGUCGGACCUGCUCAAGGAAGAAAAUCAGGCGUUGAAAAAGCGUAUCCGAGAGAACCGGGAACACUUUUCUCGAAUGAUCGAACACUGCCCAAUGUCUCCUAGUCCCCAGGCCGGCGCGCAAACCCCUCAACGAAGGUCUUUGCCACAAUUUGUGGAACAUGGUGACCACGUCCACAGGAGUGAUAGCAGCAAUCCGUUUGCGGCCCUUCUUGCAGCAGAUCGCGUUCUGAACAGGGAGUCAUCUAGUGUGACAUCAACGCCCAUCCGGCAUCGUGGCCCCAGGAAUAAUUCCAAUGGACACGUGCGGGGUAGCCAUUCUCUAUCCUCACUUCCCAUGACACCGUCUCAGACGCAAAAGUUCCACCAUCAAAGCCAUUACGCAACACCCGGAAGAGAAUCAAGCGAUGAGAAUCGUGACCGGGACAGCACAAUCUCAGCUUCUGAUAUUGAAGAAGCCGAGACGGAAGAAGACAUUCCUGCUUCUCAAGCCGGGUCGCUUGCAACACGCAUGCUUCGUCGCAAUCCGUCGGGUAUCCAGCAAGAUGUAAGAUCUGCAGCUGGUGCUGUGCCAAAAACCAGCACCCUGCUUCAGACAAAGCUUUUUGGACAAGUGAGAAAGCCUGGUGUUGAACGGCCACCUCCGAGCAGUCUCAAACGCAAAGCAAGUUUUGACGGUGCGAGCUUGAAGAAAACAAAGGCGGGAGAGCAUGUGGGUCUCGGGAUUCAUUAG